AUGCGAGAGCGAGAUGACUACAGAAUGGACCUCUAUCAGAUUCUGGUAGUAAGAGCUGAUAAGAAAAUUGGUUCUCUGCAUGCAUGUUCGACAUCCAGUGGCGAUCAGUAUAGAGCAACCGACUAUUUUAUAGAAUUCUUUCAAGGGCAAGGCUGCUACUCAAUGAUCGGCAGAAAUGGCGGAAGACAGGGCGUUUCUAUUGGAGAAAAUUGCAUAAAAGAAGGUGUGAUUGAACAUGAGAUUGGUCACGCAAUUGGAAUGUGGCAUGAACAAAGUCGUCCUGAUGCCCAGUCCUACAUCAAAGUUUUAUCUGACUUCAUUCUUCCAUCGUACGUUAGUGACUUCAUGCAACGAGAAAAAGAUAUAGACACGCUCGGUAUUCCAUACGAUUUGGGAUCAGUUAUGCAUUACGGUAGCACAGCAUUUAGCGCGGAUCAGACGAGCAAAACGCUUGUGACAAGAGACCCCCUCUAUCAAAGUACAAUUGGACAACGAGAAACUUUGUCAUUUUUUGAUGUGGAAAUUGUCAACAGGGCUUAUUGUUCAGAUCAUUGUUCUGGUCCGCACAAGUGCAAGAAUGGAGGCUAUCCACAUCCGAAACGUUGCGAUGCAUGUCUGUGCCCGAAUGGACUCUCCGGUCCAAACUGCGAAGAUCAUGAACCCUCAAAAAAGGCCAAAUGUGGUGGUAAGAUCAAAGUCAAAGAUGACUGGCAGUCUAUCGAGUCUCCCGGCUUUCCUGACCCAGGUUACAAUCCAGAUCAAAAAUGCAGUUGGUUUUUUGAGGCUCCAAAAGGGAAACGAAUCGAAUUUGAAUUCAUUGAAGACUUCUCAUUCUUGUGCACAUCGACAUGUGUCGAUUACGUAGAAAUGAAGAUACAGGCCGAUUUACGCAACACAGGUUUCAGAUGGUGCUGUUAUGCAAUGCCCGAAGGAUCUUUUGUCUCGGAUAUGAACAAAGCAAUCAUCAUAUUUCGUUCACAGCUCAGCAGCGAUGUCGGCUUCAAGCUUCAAGCAAGGACAACUGAUCUCCCGCCUCGAACCACUCCCGCACCUGUCCAGUCGACAACCACCGACUCAAAAAAUGAUUCAACAGUAAAACCGACCACUGUUGCUGGAAAUAACAUGUGGAGCGACUGGGGAUCGUGGUCGCAGUGUUCGCGUAGCUGCGGAGGAUGUGGAAUAAUGUCACGAGUUCGAAACUGUCUCACCAAAGAGUCUGUUCUUCGUCGAGUCCUGUAUAUAACUCACAUACUCAUCAGCUGCCCUUGUAUGCAACCAUGUGCUCAAUUUCGCUGUUUUUAUGGCGUUAUUUUGCCUGGAAAUCCCGUCACUUCAUAUUUGAAGCUUGACGAUUCAAUGCUGUAUCAAAUGGUAUGCAGCUUGCUUGGAUUAGCCACUUCGACUUCUGACUGUUUCCCUAUAGAUGACUGUGAAAACAAGGAACUAUUCACUAUACUCAAGCAUCAGAGUACAAACCUUUAUAACCCAGACAAAAAAGAAUACAUAUUCUAG